UUCUCUCACUCUGAUUGACAAUGCUACCGGGGUCUCGUGGGCUUUUCCUAAACCGACGACAGCGGACGGCACGAACGCAGCUCAAUCUACUUCUGUGGUAGUGUUGCCCCGAAGCAAGAACACCCAAUCGCUCACCGUUCUUGAUAACCGUACCAACAAGAUUUAUGAAGUUCCAAUCACGAACAACACUAUUCCUGCCGUAAAAUUCAAAGAGAUGAAGGCCGCCGGAACAAUGGGUUCAAGAGAAGAAGAUGAAACUGGCAAAGGUUUAAGGGUGUAUGAUCCAGCUUAUCAGAACACGGCGGUUGCUCAAUCCAAGAUUUCCUACAUUAACGGUGAUGCCGGAGUCCUGAGAUAUCGCGGGUACCCAAUCGAGCAAUUGGCUGAAAAGUCUACAUACUUGGAAGUUGCGUAUCUCCUCAUCUAUGGCGAACUUCCGACAAAGACCCAAUACACCAACUUUGUUCAUGAAGUUAUGCAUCACACAUUUGUGCACUUUAACGUAGCCGAGCUCAUGCGUAAUUUUAACUAUGAUGCACAUCCUAUGGGAAUGUUUAUUUCUGGCAUUGCUGCAAUGAGCACUUUCCAUCCUGAUGCUAAUCCUGCUUUAGUGGGGUCAGACUUGUUCACUAAAAACGAGCAAGCGAGGAACAAGCAAAUAUUUAGAUUGUUGGGGAAAACACCAACACUGGCUGCUACUUACAAUCCACCACAGAAUAAUUUCACUUACACGGAAAACUUUCUCUACAUGCUCGAUCAUCUCUCAGAAAAAAACUAUAAACCCAACCCCAAACUAACACGGGCGCUUGACAUUCUAUUUAUUCUUCAUGCUGGCAAGUGA